GUUUAGGUCCGCGCCGCCCAGGGAUUUGGACUGUUAACGAUCGUCUUCAUAUUAAUAUUUAUACCCGUACAACACAUUGCUCGAGUAGAGGCCGAUCUGGUAUUACAAGAAACCCCUUUUGACUAAGACAAUCCCCACUAACAUACGACCCAUAGCAUCCGCGAUCGCCUAGCCUUGGGAUUUCCGCUCGCGAACAACUCCGGCGUAGAGGCUCCUUCUAACUGGAGGUGCUCUAACGCUGGCCUUCUGGUCAUGCCAGAGCAUGAUGGGUUAAUGAGGGUAUUUUGGCCGAUCGACAUCUCCCCGUCCGAUGUUCCCGGUGUUAUUGUCGGUUGGAGGAAUUCGAAUCUCGAUGUUGUCGUUGUAGCUAUAUUGGAUCAUGUCGAUCCGCGGAGUGCCGAAAAUGCUUUAAAGACGGGUAUUCUUUUAAGGAGUGCGCCACAUCCCGUACCUCGAAUUUUUGAGAUUUGCGGGCAAUCUUCUAUGCAUGUCCUUGGUACUACGAAUCGCGAAUCCGAUUUCGAACCAGAUCCAUCGUGGGUACGAGCUUCCGUCGGUCCAUACCAGCGAGUACCCAAAGUUACUUGUCCGAAAGCGUCGAGUAUUCAGAUUAUUUUAUUCGAGAGGCCAAUUCCGCUUCAUAUGCAAUACAUAUCUCUCAAUCCGAUUGCGCUCUCUCUCGCAGAUAAGGACGAUCGAGCAUUAUACCAUGCGUCCGACAGCUCUGAGGCGGAAGAUGAAAAGCAGGAGAGGAAAAACAAGGCUAAAAAGCGGCUCUUGAUGGAUAAAUUGAGACAACAUUCAGUUGUACAGCAUGCUCCGUCUCAAAAGGAUAAGGCCCUGGCCAGAGUUGUCAAUCAAAUUAAUUGGGCUUGGGAAUUGGAACACUUAUUACAGAAAAAUGUGUCGCUCAUCGGUACUCGACCCAAGCGCACUCUCAGUGUCUCCGAACGGGUUGUGGAACAUGCUGCAAAUAUGAGAGAUUAUGUGAUAUUAUGGAUAUGGGACAUGAUCAUUCUCUAUGCAUUUCCCGUCAUUCGCCGAGCAUUCGUGCUUUUUCUUAUCGGUCAUCGGUUGGCUGCUGAAGCAUUACUACUCAUAUUAGAGUGGAGAGCACGCCCGAAUUCACCUGCGCUCAAGGACGUAUCUGCGACUGCUCAACAGGUAGAAAUACGUCUACAGCAAUUCUGUUAUUGGCCCAUGCAAUAUGUCAAAUUGCGCCUACGAAAAAAUGAUUGGGAUAGUGUCACGACUAGCCAUCCAGACUAUAUACGUUUUUACAAUAGUCUAUGGCUCGUAGCUAAUGACGUAAUCAUCGGAAUUGCUCUGGGUUCAUAUAUAAUCGACAAUGCCGAAUGGGUGGCAGACACAAUCAGCAUGCUGCUGGGGACAUACACUAUCAAUGCGUUACAGAGCAGCAUAUCUUGGCUUAUGGGCUGGCCUGCUGGUUUGAAACUGAAUAGUGAAUUGGCGUUGUUCUUGGGCGACCUAUUUCUCUGGGUUAUUGAUUAUUGGUCUAGCUGUAUCGACACCCUGCAACCUCUACUACCACAUAUUGUUUGGUUUAUUGGAUUUUCCAGCUUUGCUGGUGCUAGUAUGCCCAUCGCCCUCUUUUCCGACCUACUCUCAGUCCUCACGAUCCACAUUUACUCAUUUUACUUGGCCUCGGCGCGGAUAUUUCAUUGGCAGCUCACAAUUCUGCUUUCCCUCUUCCAAUUAUUCCAGGGCAAGAAAUAUAACGUUCUACGAAAUCGUGUCGAUGCUUGCGAUUAUGACCUUGACCAACUCCUCGUCGGCACCAUCCUUUUCACGCUCCUAUUCUUCCUACUCCCGACCGUUGUCGUGUUCUAUCUCAAUUUUGCGCUUGCACGUAUGGUCAUCAUAUCAUUCAAAGCCAUUUUCGAUACGCUACUUUCCUGUUUAAACCAUUUUCCAUUAUUCGCCUUGAUGCUUAGAGGAAAAGACCCUAGGCGUCUUCCGGGCGGCAUUCGUUUUGAACUUCGUGAUACCCCAGAUAGACUUAGUAUUAAUUCCCAAUCACCCCUACUCUCACCUUCACAACCUACUUCGAUCAUAUAUCUCAAGCCAAUACCCCUCACAUUUGCCGCCAUGUUUCACCAAUACUUCCAGAUGGGUAGACGUAUUCGCAAACAUUACCUCUCACCCCGAGUACUAUUCUGCCUCGUAACCGGCCGUUUCGUCCCACCAAUUCACCGUAAAGCCCUAUAUUCUUUACAAUAUAGUAUGCUUCCCGCGCGCCGAGCUGGGAUUAUGGAAAUGUGGCAAGCACUAAACUCACUACCCACCAAGAAACGGCCUGUAAAUGUGUAUCCAUACGCAUUCCCAUCACCCCCGACACUUAAUGGUGGGAGACGGCAUAUGAACGGGCGGGCAGGCAGGGGAUAGAUUUAAUACCCAGGAGCAGAGGAACGCGAUUGAUGAACGAGGCGUUGGGUGUAUAUAGUGAAUAUAGAUGGCAGGCAGACCA